GCAUGAGAGAGGGAGAGUGAGAGGGAGUGAGAGAGAAAGGAAGAGUGCAAGAGAGAGGGAGCGAGAGAGUGGGAGCUGUUGCCUGGUUGGAGUACGGGUGCAGGGGGUUGGGGGGGGGAACCGCAGGAGCCCCGGAGGAGGCGAUGGCCGUCCGGCCGCGGGGGGUGUCCGCGCGCUCGGGCUCGGUCCUGGAGGAGGAGCUGUCGUGCCCGGUGUGCUGCGAGAUCUUCCGGGACCCGGUGGUGCUCAAGUGCAGCCACAGCUUCUGCAAGGCCUGCCUGCAGCAGUUCUGGCGCAAGCGCACGUCCGCACGCGAGUGUCCCGUGUGCCGCCGCCGCUGCUCGGCGACCGAGCCGCCCGUCAGCCUGGCGCUCAAGAACGUGGCCGAGACCUUCGUGCGCGAGCAGCGGGCCGGCGGCGACCCCGGGCGGGGCCAGCCCGGCGCCGCCUGCCCCGCCCACGGCGAGCCGCUCAAGCUCUUCUGCCGCGACGACCAGGAGGUGCUCUGCUGCGUCUGCCACACGUCCAGGAAGCACGGCGGCCACCGCGUCAGCCCCCUGGAGGAGGCCGCCCUCGACCUGAAGGAAGAACUGAAGAAAGACUUGAGCCCGCUGAAAAAGAACCUGCGAUUUCUCUACGAAGCCAAACAGCACUGCGACGACACGACCGUGCACAUCAAGAGCCAAACGCAGCGGACGGAGCAGCGCCUGAAGGAGGAGUUUGAGCAGCUCCACGACUUCCUGCGGGCGGAGGAGGCCGCCCGGUUGGCGGCGCUGCAGGAGGAGCAGGAGAGGAAGAGGCUGGUGGUGAAGAAGAGGACGGAGAACGUCACGCGCGAGAUCCUGUCCCUGUCGCACGCCGUCAUCGCCAUCGACAGCGAGAUCGCCACCAACGACGUCCUCUUCCUCCAGAACUACAAGAACACAAAAAAAAGGGCCCAGUGCCCUGUGCAGGAUAUGGACCCGCUCCCCGGGGUGCUGAUUGAUGUGGCCAAGCACGUGGGCAAUCUGAAGUACAGAGUCUGGGAGAAGAUGCUGGGAACCUUUCAAUACUCGCCUGUGACUCUGGACCCGAACACCGCCUACGCCUGGCUGUCCCUGUCCGAGGACCUGACGAGCGUGACCACCAGCGGGACGGUCCAGAAGGUGCCGAACAACCCGGAGCGCUUCGACCACUUCGUGUUCGUGCUGGGCUCCGAGGGCUUCGGGGCGGGGCGGCACGCCUGGGAGGUGGACGUGGGCGGCAAGGAGGACUGGGUGCUGGGCGUGGUCAAGGAGUCCAUCAGCAGGAAGGGGCGGAUCUCUGGCAGCCCCGAGGGCGGCUUCUGGACCAUCUCGCACUGCGACGGCGGGUACAUCGCCAUGACGACGCCGCGCACGCCGCUGGAGCUGGAGGGCGCGCUGGAGAGGGUGCAGGUGCGGCUGGACUACGCCGCGGGGGAGGUGACCUUCUCCGACCCCGUCGGCAUGACGACCAUCUACACCUUCCGCGACCGCUUCGCCGAGAGGAUGUUCCCCUUCUUCUGCCCCGGGGCCAACAUUAAGGGCAACAACGCCGGGCCCCUCCAGAUCUGCCCCGUGAAAGUGGCCGUGUGGAACAGCGCCACCUGGUGAGGGGGCAGGGUCUCAUGGCGUCAUGCGCCACGCCCAUUCAACUGUAGUGUGAACAGUAGGCCGGCCGUAGGAGAUUAGAUGUUCGGUGUACAAAACUAAUCAACAUUAUUAUGAAAUUAAAAA